AUGACAUUUGCUUACAUUUAUCAUGUGUUUGAAGGGAAAUCAAAGCAACUACUUAUAACUCCGUCUCUCAAAACACCAACAUACAUUAUGAAUGCACACAGCUUAAAAAGAAAACUGGACGAAGUUGAAUCGCCGGAAGUGGCUCUUCGUUUAUCCCCUGAAUGUACCUCGGACGAAGAAUUAUCUUUUUCGAGGAAUCUAUAUACCAUUCAUAAUGAUUCUGUUUUAGAGGCAUUAGCAGCGAAUAGAAAUGAGAUGGCGACUUCAAAUUUUUCGCGUGUCUUGAUACUUUACACUGGUGGUACUAUUGGAAUGAAACAGAACAAAACAUAUGGAUAUGUUCCGGUUCCCAAUUAUUUAACAGAAACUCUCUCGCAAAUGUCACGAUUUUAUGAUCCGCGGGGUCUUUCGAAAAUCACUGCAUCCUCUUUCGAUACACCUCAUAUCUUCGAUCAAUCAGCUGAUCGUGAUGUGUUUAUGAAUAAAGUUGUCAUCGAAGGUAAAGUUGAAUCGAUCCGAGGUUUAAUAACACCACCUUCUUUAUACGGAAAAAGAAUAAGUUAUUCUAUAUACGAAUAUGUGCCUUUGUUGGAUUCAUGUAAUAUGACAAUGAAAGAUUGGAUAAGAAUCGCAUCAGACGUUGAAGCAAAUUAUCAAAUUUACGACGCUUUUAUUAUACUUCAUGGAACGGAUACCAUGGCUUAUACUGCAAGCGCCCUAAGCUUCAUCUUGGAAAAUUUGGGAAAAACUGUAAUUCUAACUGGGUCACAGGUUCCAAUUUCUGAAGUUCGAAAUGAUGCAGUAGAAAAUUUAUUAGGUGCACUUACAAUAGCGGGCCACUUUGUUAUCCCAGAGGUUUGUCUUUUUUUCAACAAUAAACUCUUUCGCGGUAACAGGGUAUCGAAAAUGAAUGCUGUGGAUUUUGACGCGUUUGAUUCACCAAAUUUGAGACCAUUAGUAAAGGUUGGCAUAAAUAUAGAGGUUAAUUGGUCUGAAAUUGUAAGGCCUUCACAUAUAGCCAAAUUUAAGACUCAUAAAAAACUAAAUUCAAAUGUCGCCACUCUCCGAUUAUUCCCUGGUAUAACCGAAUCAACAGUUCGCGCCUUCUUAGCGCCACCUAUCGAAGGUAUUGUGCUUGAGACUUAUGGUGCCGGCAAUGCUCCCGAUACUCGUGAGGAUCUCAUGAAAGCAUUCACGGAGGCAAGUGAACGAGGAGUGAUUAUAGUGAAUUGCUCGCAAUGUAAAAAAGGAUUGGUGACGGAUCUAUAUGCGACCGGAAAAGCGUUAAAUAAAGCUGGCGUCGUACCGGGAAGUGACAUGACCGCAGAGUGCGCCUUAGCGAAACUCUCAUAUCUUUUAGGUCAAAAUCUUUCAGCUAAUCAAGUUCGCCAAGAAAUGACUAGGAAUCUGCGCGGCGAAUUGACUGUUGUUUCAUCCAAACCAAGAUUUACGUUCAAUAGAUCACAUACCCUAAUUCGGAAGAUAAUAACUGCAGCUGCGAAUUCAAAAACUAAUGCAUCUUCGGGACUUUCAAUUAACUUGCAGGAAAGAGUAUUAAUGGAAAAAUCUUUAUAUCCUAUUUUAUUAUGUUCUGCUGCGGGAACAAAUGACUUGGUUGGGAUGGAAGAAUUGUGGGAAAAUGUUGGCGAGUCACUUAUUUUAAAUUGUGUAGAUUACGACGAGAGGACCCCAAUGCAUAUUGCGUGUACAUCUGGUCAUUAUAAGAUUGCCAAAUUUUUAGUGGAGCGUGGAGCGUCUGUACAUGUUAGAGAUAGGUUUGGCCAUACGCCAUUGUUUGAGGCAGCAAGAAACAAGCAUCGAGCUAUCAUCGAGUUAUUACGAUUGGCUGGUGCUCAUUUUAAUGAUUCUGAAAGUGAUCACGUUAUUUUCCAAGCCUUUCUAGCGGCUUCAACAGGGGAUGUUGAACUCUUAAAAAAUUUUGUAGAUGCUGGUUGGGAAGUGAAUCGAUCAGGUUUCGAUCACCGAACAGCUCUUCAUCAUGCCGUAGCACAAGGGCAUCGUGCUGUCGUCGCCUAUCUACUAUCUUUGCCCGGUAUUUUACCAGAUACUAAAGAUCGCUGGACAAAAACACCUUUAGACGACGCUGAAUUAAAUCUUGGUCGUAUGUGGGGAAGAGACGAUCAACGAGAAGCUGACGCGCGAGAUAUUGUUAGCAUGCUCAGAUUAAAAAUUGAGGAACGGCAGCGAGCAAUUGCUCAACUCAACACUUCGACUGCAUUGCCAAACGAGGUUGAAUCUGAUCAAGGUCGGAACUCUGGUCAAAAUAGAAUUCGCAUUCGAAGUUCUAUUCCAACCACUCCAAACUCUUUUAAUAAUGAUGACGAUGAUAAUUGUAGUAAUAAUUACAGCAUUAGUAAUAGGCGAGAAUCGCUGAGUGUGACGUUGAUAAAAAAAGGUUUCGAAAAUGCAGAUGCUGAAAUUUCUAUAGAUAAUAAAAAUGGAACGUUAUCAACAACAGUUUCGCAUUCAUCGUAG